CCCCUUUUCGCCCUCUCCCGUGACCCCUUCCGAGGCGAUAAGAAACAACGGGUCCCUUAAGGCGAGGAACACCGCAGUCAGCACCCUCAGACACACGCUGCACCCCAACAGGAAGGACGUACUCGAUCUCCUUCUUCUUCGUCUUCAAUCUGUGGAAAUUAAGGUGUGGGAUGCGGUGGUCGGUGUGGGUGGGCGUGGCCGUGGUGGCGGCGGCGCUGGGUGGGGCGGGGGCGUCCUCCAGGAGCUCCGUGGUGAAGCAGGGGUACGAGGAGGUGGUGGUGGGCCUCUCGCCGCUGCUGGACGAGAGGCAGGCUGAGGAGGUCAUCGCCUCGGUGAAGAAAGCACUGAACGAAACCUCCCAAGCACUGUUCAAGGCGACGGGCAACAGACUCUUCUUCCGGAGGGUGAAGAUCUUGGUCCCGAGCACGUGGAUAAACGUCACGGUGGACAUGACUGCCGCCAGCGAGUCCUACGAGAACAGCGACUUGAGAGUGGACCUGAAGAACCCGGUGUACGGGGACCAGGUGUACACGGUGCAGCCCGGGGGCUGUGGCGAGCCCGGCCAGUACAUCCACCUCACGCCCACCUACCUCACCCACCCCGCCGCCGAGGACGUAUGGGGGCCCAGAGGCAAGGUGCUGGCGCAGGCGUGGGCGCGGCUGCGAUGGGGCGUCUUCGACGAGGUGGGUUACCCCGCAGACGAGCGCUUCCCUCUCUUCUACCGCACGUGGAACGAACAGCAGGACGUGGUGGUGAGGCCCAACUACUGCGCCGACGAGGAGAUAAGCGGCAGAUACGAGGACCGGAACACCGAGGGUUCCUGCCGCUACGUGGACGGCCUCCCGGAUGACAAUUGCCGCUUUGUGCCGGACAGCCAGCAGACAGCGACCACCUCCCUCAUGUCCUUCACGACCCUGGACAGUAUUGAAAAGUUUUGUACGGACGGAGGUGACGCCACCGGGAGCCACAACAGCGAGGCCCCGAACCGCCAGAACUUGAUGUGCGAGGGGCGAUCCGCUGCGGCCGUCAUGGCCGACCACCAAGACUUCUUGAACACCACGUCGCUGCCCGCGGACCAUAACGUGGCCCCCGAGGUGUUGGUGGUGCAGGAGGUGCCGGCCAAGUUUGCCCUGGUGCUGGACUACUCUGGCAGCAUGAGUGGCAAUAAGAUCACCAACCUGGCGAACACCGCCAAGAGGUGGAUCCUGUACGACGUGGCGGACGGCAGCUUCGUCUCCAUCAUCAAUUUCUCGGAUGAUGCAACAGUUGUGAGAUCUCUGACGGAGGUAUCAAACAGCACCCGUGAUGACCUCGCAAGCGCCAUCACCACCAAUACUCUCAGUUCUACCUGCAUCGGUUGUGGACUCAACAAGUCUCUCGAGGAACUGACGAACCAGAACAACAAGGUCAUCCUCCUCAUAUCAGACGGCGAGGAGAACGUUAAACCGUUUAUUGACGAUGUGAUGGAUGACGUGGUGCAGUCAGGCGCCAGGGUGGUCAGCAUCGCCUACGGAACACGAGCUGAAGAGAAAAUGGAGAGACUAGCUCAGAACACGGGCGGGAAGGCGUACAUUGUUCCUGAAUACGAUGACGGCAGCUUCAUGGACGACGCCUUCCAGGGCUCCCUCACGUACCAGCCUGGCCAGUCCAUCACCAACAUUGACAUCAAGAUCUACGAGGAGGUCAACGUGCCUUUAAAGGGGACCGUGGCCAACGGAACCUUCGUCAUUGACUCCACUGUGGGCCGCAACCUGGAGUUCCGUCUGGACACUAGCCAAGCCAUCCAGUCGAGUGGCCCGUACCUCGUCAGCCCCACCGGACAGAACCACACGGAUGCGAUUUUCACGAGCACCCUCAACCUGUGGACCAUCAGAGUCGGUUUGGCUGAGAGCGGAACGUGGACGUGGACAAUGUCUGUGAGCCCCUCCAGCGCCAGCGCCACGGUUACGGUGACUGCCCAGGCGAGGGACCCCGAGACUUUGCCAAUCUUUACCGAGUCCUGGAUGAACACGGGCGUGGACUACGUGAAUGCCACGCAUCAGCCGGUGAUCGUGUAUGCCAGGGUGACGCAGGGCAGCAAGCCGGUGGUGGGCGCUAAGGUCAGGGCCUACAUCACCACCCCCAACGCCAACGCGGCGGCGGUCGAGCUGGAUCUACUGGACAACGGAAACAACGCUGACGUGCAGGCGGGUGACGGCACGUACUCGCGCUACUUCACGCAGUUCGUCGCCACGGGGAGAUACGCCGUCAAGGCUCAGGUGUGGGAUGACGGCAGCUCGUACAUCAACAACGGUUUCAUCACCUCCCGACGCAGCGCCAGACGGUCCCGCUCCGCGCCCCUCGCCCUGGCCAGACUCGCCGCCUCAGAGCAGCUGGACGUGAACGAGCAAUGCUGCGGCAGCGUCAUACCCUUCAACCCAGACACGGCCACUAAGACGGGCGAGUUCACGAGGACCACUGCGGCCGGAUCCUUCAACGUCGUCGAGUUGCCCGUGGGAGGCGACGCUUUCCCUCCUGCCCGCGUGUUGGACCUCAGGACUUACGUCAGGGACACCACAACCCUGACGCUGAACUGGACGGCGCCCGGAGACGACUACGACACCGGCGUCGUGUCAGGCUACGAGAUCAGGAUGAGCGACAAUAUGACAGCUCUCACUGGGGACCUAAGCGACAACUCCACGAUAUCCCUCCUUGACUUGGAGACGUCCUCGAACAUGACCGAGCUUUUGAAGGAGGCUGGGAAGGAGGUGACCCUCGAAGUGACCCUCGAGGAGCCCCUGAAGCAGGGGUCCUUGUACUUCGUGGCACUUCAGGCUGUGGAUGACGUAGGAAACAAAAGCCCCGUGUCCGGCCUGGCGAGUCUUGCUGCCCCCGCCCCGCCAAGCGUGGACGACCGUUUGGAGGGCUGGGCCAUCGCGCUCAUCGUUGUCGGCUGCGUCGUGGGCGUUGUUUUGCUUGUCGGUGCCGGCUACAUUAUCUAUAAGAAAUACGAAUACGUGUAACCUUGUGAAAGUUCCAUCAGGUUUCCUCUCAGCCAGCGUUCUCAGUUCUGAUGCGUGAUUGUCAUGGUUGGGUGUUUGAAUGCACUUCGGGCAAGGCGUCAACUUUCCUUCCUCCACAUGCAGUCAGCUGCAGGCGGGAGACAGGGUUUCUGUAGAGUGUGGUUUAUAUCGCUAUGUACCAAGAGAUUUCUGAUGGUGAUGGAGUGAGUCCAUUGUACACUGCAAUAAAUAAUACAGCAGUUUGUAGGGUCCCAGCUACCUUUAACAUUUCGGAGAGGGAAGAGUUUGUUUGAUUUCCUUCCCACCACUCAACGCUUUAUGGAUUUUUAUGCACUUAGAUGUCUUAUAUACUGAAAUGUGGCGAAGAACAAGCUAUUUCAAACUUUUUGGCCAGGGUUUCAAGAAGGUAGGGAGGGCAGAAAAUAUGUUCAGCUUCAUUACCUUCACCAUUGGCUGCUGCGGUGGCUGUUAAGGGAACGCUGCCCCCCAGUGCUGUUACAUUACUUUGUUUCCUCUUCGUUGUUUGACGUGACGAAGCAGGAGGUUGAUAUAGUGUAGCUUCUGAAGUGGUGAUCUCUGUAUUUCUGGCACACACAAACAACAAAACAAGACUAAUAUUACAUGAACCACUCUUCAAAUAAUUAACUCGUCAAUGUUGAACAAGCUACCGCCAUACGUGACGCUACUUUAUUGCUCUCAUUGAUUUCCGUAUCUUUAAGGCGUCCAGUCGUUGUGUAAUAAUUGUUGCCAUUGCCAUCUGUCAAUAUAACAAAGAUUCUUAUUUCA